AUGUCCGUGAACAUCUGGAUCUGGGGGAUCAUCACCAGCCCCCUCGUCCUCCUCCUCUGGCUGCAUCGUCUCUACACCUACGUCGGCUCCCUCUUCACAUGGGACCGUGGGCUCGCCGCGCUCUGGGACCGGCUGCAUCACGCCGAGACCUUUGAGCAGUGGGAGGCGGCCGGCCUCGCGCUCGACCAUCGCUACCGCAUCGACACCUGGCGCAAGGUCGACAAGAGCAAGGCCUAUGCCUGGGAGCUGAUUGGCGACCGCCUCGCCGCGUUUGGCCUCGCGUUGCAGGCCGGCCAUGUGCAGGCACUCGUGCACCUGCUGCAGUCGGGGCUGGUCCGCAACCUGGGCAACAUCACCGUUCCGUCGCUGUACAACGCGUCCUUUGCGGGCACCAAGUAUCUGAUUGAGAACUACAUCCUGCAAGUCUGCGAGAUCAUCCGCGACCUCGUCAACCUGCCGGGGCCAGACGCCGGCGAGCCUGCAUCGAGUGUGUCCGGCUAUGCGCUGGCGGCAAGCCACGCACCCGCGUCCUCCGAGUUGAGCCCCGAGCUGGCGCGCGCCGUGGCCGAGGGCCGCUGCCAGCUGCUUUCGGUCGGCGAGAAGCGGCGCCUCUUCAACAACCUGCGCCAGUCGUUCGGCCGCACGACGCUCGUCUUCCAGGGCGGCUCCAUCUUCGGUGCAUGCCACUUGGGCGUGGCCCGUGCCCUCUUCCUCCGCGGACUGCUGCCUCGCAUUUUGACCGGCACGGGAACGGGCGCCCUGAUUGCGGCGCUUCUCGGAACGCACACAGACGAGGAGCUGCCGGGCGUGCUCGACGGCGUGGGCAUCGACCUGUCGGCCUUUGAGGCGGUGGCGAAGCGCAAGCAGCAGCGCCAGGAUGCGGCCGAGGCCGAGGCGGAGUCGUCGGCCUUGCCGUUCUCUGCGGCGUUCCGCACGCGCUGGGAGACGCUGCAUCGCCGGCUGCGGCGCUUCUGGAACGAGGGCUACUUUUUGGAUGUCACCGUGCUGGAACAGUGCGUCCGCGACAACGCGGGCGACAUGACCUUUGAGGAGGCCUACCGCCGCACGGGCCGCACGCUGAACAUCACCGUCGUCACCGGCGGCGCUGCCGACGUGCCCUCGGUGCUCAACUACGUCACGGCGCCCAACGUGCUGAUCUGGACGGCCGCCGUCGCGUCCAACGCCUCGAGUGUCGUGAGCGACGCCGCCACCGCCGCCUGGUACGGCCGCCGCCAGACGGCCAUCCUGUGCAAGGACGUCGACGACCAAGGCCGCACCGUCAUUGUGCCCUGGCCGCUCGCCGACGCGGCCCACUUCCGCCACUGGACCUACGGCAGCUACGGCACGCGCCACUCGCCGCUGCAGCGGCUGGCGCAGCUCUUCAACGUCAACCACUUUAUCGUCAGCCAGGCCCGCCCGUACCUCGUGCCCUUCCUCGAGCCGUCCAUGCACUCCCCCGCCAUGCGCGGCUUCGCCAUGGGCACGCUCGCCCGUGCCAAUGCCUUUGUGGUGCACCACACCGGCCGCUUCGUGCGCCACCGCCUCGACCAGAUGGUGCGGCUCGGCUGGCUGCCGUUUGCGCUGCGCAGACUGUUGCUGGACGAGCAGAUCCCCAGCGGACACCUCGUGCUCGUUCCGACGGUGCCGCUGCACGACUACGUGCGCCUCCUCGACUCGCCAUCCGCCGAGACGCUGCAUUACUGGAUCCACAAGGGCGAAAAAGCCGUGUGGCCGGCGGUGGCGGCUCUCAAGAUCCGGUGUUCGGUGGAACUGGCACUCGAGCAGGCGUGCAAAGACUUGGCCGCCACGUCUACGUCGACACUGACGGGGAAGAGCCCGGUCCAGACCGACAGCCGGAGCGGCAGUGUGGCCCCCAAGAGGAAGUCGACAAUACCCUGGGCUCCCGCAGAUUCGUCAGCCCAGUAA